CUGAAUAAAAGGACAGAGAGAAUUGUUGAAUUUGGAAGAGUCAUAGAGCAUAGAAGAAGCUGCGACAAUUAAUGGAGGCUCCGCAAUCUGUUAAAGUUAUAACGGUGUCACAGGACGGAAAAGGAGACUACCGGACGGUGCAGGAGGCGAUCGAUGCAGUGCCGGUAGGCAACACUCGCCGGACGGUGAUCCGGGUGGCCCCGGGAACCUACAGGCAGCCUGUUUAUGUGGCGAAGACAAAGAGGUUCAUCACGCUCGCCGGCAUAUUCCUUGAGAACACUGUUCUAACAUGGAAUAACACUGCUGCAAGAAUCCAACACCACAAAGGUGAAAAGGUGGUAGGAGGAGGAACGUUUGGUUGUGGCAGCACCAUUGUGGAAGGUGAAGACUUCAUUGCUGAGAACAUUACCUUCGAGAAUUCUUCCCCUCAGGGUUCAGGGCAAGCUGUGGCUAUGAGAGUAACAGCUGAUCGAUGUGCUUUCUAUAAUUGCAGGUUCCUUGGAUGGCAGGACACACUGUAUUCACAUUAUGGCAAACAAUAUUUUAGAGAUUGCUACAUUGAAGGAAGUGUGGACUUCAUUUUUGGCAAUAGCACUGCCCUCUUGGAGCAUUGUCAUAUCCACUGCAAAUCUCAAGGCUUCAUAACAGCACAGAGCAGAAAAUCUCCACAUGAAACAACUGGUUUUGUGUUCCAAAGAUGUGUUAUCACAGGUAAUGGGGGAAGGGAAUAUGCAUAUCUUGGAAGACCAUGGGGACCCUUUGCAAGAGUGGUCUUUGCAUUCACUUAUAUGGAUCCAUGUAUACAACUUGCUGGUUGGAACAAUUGGGGUAAAGCUGACAAUGAGAAAACUGCUUGCUUUUUUGAAUACAGUUCUUAUUUGCUUGAGGACAAGCAAACCUUUAAGUUUGGUGUUGUUGGACGCUGCGCUUAUUGGUUUUCUGGCACAAAAGGGAGGUGAAUCAUCUUAAUUGAGGAGCACAACCUGAAGACUAAAGCGACAGCUAGGAUAACUAAGGUGGUUGAGUUCCUUUCAUUUUUAUUCCUCCUUUCUUUUUCUAUGUUAUGUUCCGGUUUUCUGCUAUUUUACUUUGUCUGUUGCAUGAUCUUUUAUUAGUUAGAAUCCUAGGAUUAGUUUUCUUUUAAUUGUUUUAAUUCUAAAAAGAUGUUUCAUGUACCACUCACUGAACUUGAAUCUAAAAAGAAAAGAAAAAGAAGUGAUGUAUUGCAUGAGAAAUUGAGUUUAAUUUUAAGAAUAGUCUUAUUUACUUAAAUGUGGUGGUAUUUUCUGUGAUUUUUGAAUGCAUGAUAUGAACAGUGCAUAUUUAAAUUUGAAUCAAGUGAUGUUGAUGUAUAAGGAACAGGAAUUUAGAGAAUUAUUAUGACUUCUCUUAAAUAAACAAAAAUUUAAUCCUUGAAGCAAAAGAAACAGCAAAAGAAAAAAAUUAUUAUAUAAAUAAAUAAUUAAUAAUAAAAGCAAGGUCCAAGGCUCUGAGCAUCAAUGACUAGGAAGGUCAGACAUGAUUAAAAGUUCAAAGAGUUGUUUCCCUAGUCAUAUGCUUGUGGUGUGACUGUAUCAAGUAAUCUUUGAGAUAGAAUACUUAGAGUUAAGAUCAAUUACAUUUAACAGAGUAUGCCAAAGGCUUUGAGCACCACUGUCUGGGAGUAAUUAAAAGAAAAAUCAGAACUCAAAGAGAGUUUCCCAGUUAAGUGCUUGUGGUGUUUCUGUGUCAAGUAAAGCUUGAGACAAAAUAUUUAAAGUCACGGCUAGGCUCAAGGUGCAAAACACCAAAGAAAAAUAAAUUAAAGUAAAUUUUGCUGUGUUCAAGGAUUAAACUGAAAUGUAAAGAUCAGAGAAUUCAUAAUAUCAUCCGGAUUCUAAUUCUGAAUGACAAUAACAUUCUUGAUUCAAAGGAGAGUGAGAUGCCAAACCUAUUCAGGAUUACAGUUAUAAACCCCACUAUAAAAAGAGACAUGAGCUUAAUCGAACUCUCAUUCUCAUGCAAAUUCACAUCAUAAGCUUAUAAUAGUUUUGGUUGGUUGAGGACAAGCAACAGUUUAAGUUUGGUGUUGUGAUGCGUGAGCAUCUUAUCUAUCUUUUCCUAGUGAAUUUGCUUCUAAAUUGUCAAGUUUAAUUUAGAAUUAAUUAUAUUUUAGCCACUAUGGAUGCUAUUUUGAGUUUUGUGGAAUUUUAUUUAUUUUAGGUAGCAUUCGGAGGGAUUUGAUGAAGUUUCUGCAGAGAAAAAGAAGAAACCAAAAAGAUGACCAGCGAAGACCGACGUGAACGCAUGGCUCACGCGACCGCGCGGAAUGGAGAAAUCGCAAUGACGCGAUCGCGUGCUUGACGCGAACGCGUGGACUGGAAUCUGCACAAAUGACGCGAACGCGUGGACGACGUGGACGCGUCACAUGCGCGAUCUGCAAAAAUACAAAUGACGCUGGUUACAAAUUUUGGGCUGUUUUGACCCACUUUCCAGCCCAGAAAACACAGAUUAGAAGCUGCAGAAUGGACAAAUCAAUUGGUCCCCAACCAUCAACUGAAGAUCUGUUAAUUAAUUCGAAUUUAAAUUCAAAUCUUAUCUUUUAGGAAAAGAUAUUAUUUUUAAUUUUUUAUUUUAAACCUAUUAGGAUUAGUAAUAAAUAGAAACUCUGUACAUUUAGGCAGGUACCAGAUUGUUACCAGAACCCUUUUUUUUUCUUCUCUGAACCAUGAGCAACUAAUCCUUCAUUGUUAAGGUUAGGAGCUCUGUCUAUUUGUAAUGGAUUAAUUCGUUUGAUCUUUCUAA